UUGAAUAAAAAAAAUGUUUUUGAAAAAUGUUUAUGGAAAGUUUUCCGUUUUACACAUUCAGUGUGUUUCCAAGAAAGUUUUGCAUGUGUGUUCGUUUCGGGAAAAAAAAACUUGAAUCAUGACCAUGAAUAAGAUUGAAGUUUUUGAAAAUUUAACUUUGGAAAAAUUCGAUUCACUUGUUGAACAGGAUCUACCAUUCAUAAUACGUAAUGCAAAUUUUGGUGAUUGUCUUCAAAAUUGGACAAAUAAUGAUUAUUUUCGAGAGAAAAUUUCAUCAAACAAACCAGUUUCCGUACAUAUUUCCAAUAGUCCAUUAUUAGAUUUUUUAAGUAAAAAUUUUUCCUAUUGUGUUUUGGAUUUUCGAGAAUUUCUUCAACUUUGUUUCGAUGAAUCGAAUGACCGAUAUUAUUAUCUACGAUCGGUUGGAAAUCAUAAUGUGAAAGAAAUAGCAAAUUUAACCGAACAAUUUCCUGAAAUUGCUCAAGAUGUUAAAUAUCCAGAAUUUUUAAAUUUUUGUAAAAAUAAUAAUUGUCCAGCAAAUGAUGAAUGUUCAAAACGACAUUUAUUUUCCAGUGUUCUUCGUAUAUCAUCCAAAAAUCUAUCCAUAUGGACACAUUAUGAUGUUAUGGAAAAUAUUUUACUACAAAUUAUUGGUCGUAAAAAAGUUAUACUAUUUCCACCAAAUGAUUCGCAAUAUCUUUAUCUAAAAGGUGAUAAAUCAGAAAUAAUCGAUUUAGAAGCAAAAGAUUUAUUGGAAAAAUUUCCAUUAUUUUCAAAUGCAACCAAAUAUGAAUCAAUAUUAGAAUCGGGUGAUUGUUUAUUUAUACCAUCAAUGUGGUUUCAUAAUACAAAAGCUCUUGAAUAUUCAAUUGGUUUGAAUUUUUUCUGGAAAAAUCCGCAAUUAAUUUCGCAUUAUGAUCAUAAUGAUAUUUAUGGUAAUAAAGAUUUGAAAUUGGCAACAAAUGCCUAUGUUAAUGUGGAUAAAGCACUACAACAUUUAAAUAAAUUACCUGUUAAAUAUCGAAAAUUUUAUUUAUCAAUGUGUAUUUCGAAAUUGAAUCGUUCAUUACAAUCAAUUUCUUGAAAAUUAAAAAAUUUUAAAAAUUUCAAAAAAAAUUUCCGUCAAAA